CACUCACGGUACCGCCGGUACUACAGGCUUCUGAACUGUGUUACUGGCUUGUGUUAGCGUGUUUUCGUUUUAAUUGAGAAAAAAAGUGAGCAGUUGAGAGUGACGAGCCGACAUCGACAGACCAUGGACACCGUAUUCAAAGAGGUGCAUCAACAUGGUGACCAGAGCACCAAAAUGCAAGAGAUCAGUGAAUUGCUGGUGGCAGCCGGCUAUUUCCGUGCCAGAAUCAAGGGGCUUUCACCUUUUGACAAGAUUGUGGGUGGCCUUGCGUGGGGUAUCGAACUUUGUGCAGUGGACAUUGAUGUUGAUCUACCUUUCAACGAAAAUUUGAACAUUGGACAAAAAAUAGCCCUGACAGAGAAGAUUGUGAGGGUGCUUCCGAAAAUGAAGUGCCCUCACCGCAUCGAGCCCCACCAGAUACAGGGACUGGACUUUGAGCACAUUUUCCCGGUGGUGCAGUGGCUCGUGAAGAAGGCCAUAGAAACCAAGGCUGAGACGGAAGACAUCCACAGGGAAUAUGCAGUGUACCUUUUCGAGAAAGUGCAUGGCGACGCACCUCAGACGAAUGCUGCGUCCAAGACAUCGCUGUACCCCGGAUUUCCCACAGCCUACGCUGCUCUUCAAGAGCGGUACCGUCCGAGGCGUCGCUACCGGCACCAUGCGAGGCACACGCUGCGCAGCGAGGAACUUCAAGUGGAAGCCACUUUGCUGGAGUAUGGCACCGGAAUGAUGCGGCGGCCAACGGCAGCUGGCGAUGCAGGGGCUGACGCCCGGCAGGAAACAGAAGUGCUCCUGAGUGACAUGGUACCCCUUGCAACGGCGGAGGGCAGACUGACCAGCAAGGCAGUUGGGAACCUGGUGCAGAUGCAGGCUGCAGAAAUGCGCGAGAUCAAAGGCGACUACGAAAGCAAGCCAAUGCUCCAGAUUCCCGGUGCUAGCCGCCACGAGCGACUCUUGAGCUCUGUCAAGCGGCAGCUCGAAAGCAAGCAGCAGCUGCUACAGCAGAGUCAAGACCGGCUGGAGAAGCUGCGAGAGGAAUAUGAGCUUCGCCAGAAAGAAGGAAAAGAGGCAGAGGUGCUCUUGCAGGAGGCCCGCGAGGCCACCCGACGCAUCGCCGAGGGCGUCGGCGACCAAGAGCCGCAGCUGGCUCGCCUGUGUGCCCUCUUGCGGCUCGGCGGAGAGCUGUCCGACCAGGAGGCGCGUUUCCGGCAGCACUGCCACCAGGAGAUGGAGAGGCUGCAGGCAGACUUGGCCGCCAUCACGCCAGGUGGAGCCGACGGAGGGACCGCGUUGCCUGCUGCGGAUCCCGAGGACAGGGAGGCGGACGCACAGUGCCAGCGGGACCGAGACCGGUUGCAGCGCAUACGUCUGCUUCUGGCAAAGAAGAAUCGGGAGAUUGCGGCCACCCAACGCAAGAUAGACGAAGUCCCAUCUCGUGCUGAAUUGAGCCAGUACCAGCGACGGUUCAUUGAGCUCUACACCCAGGUGGCCGCAACACACAGGGAAACAAAACAGUUCUACACCCUCUACAAUACCCUGGACGACAUCCGGAUGUACCUAGACAAAGAGAUUGGUCUGCUCAACUCCAUUCUGGAGAACUUCAGCGAGGCCAUGACCACACCUGCCACACGGGACCAGUUUCUUGCUCAGUUUGAGCACAUUGUGGAAGGAGUCAAGCAGAACCGGCUCAAGGUGGAGAAGAAGCGACAGGAAGCCAAGAUGUCCCGCGAUCGGCUGCACGAUCAGUUCCUGGAGCUGGUGGACAAGCAGCGACUCUACUUCCGCACCGUCAAAGAGUUCAAAGAGGAAUGUCGAAAGAACGAAGUCCUGGUGGGAAAGUUGAAAGAAUCAUCUGCAAAGUGACUUUUUUUGUUUUAUGAGAAAUCGUGAAAACAGACACUGCCUUUUUCUUGUCAUUUUUAUGCCAGUUUAGUGCUUAAUGGAUGUCUCUGUUUAUAAGACUGAGUCACCAUAAAAGAAUGUGGGCCUUUCCUUGUGCAUAUUAUUGCAGUGUCACGAGAAACUAAGUCCCUGGCAGGGGCAUAUUGUUGCACUGUCCCGAAAAAUAAAACAUCCAGCAUGUUUCUGCGAUUUUAUAAUGAAGACCCUGCAGGCUGCCUGAUUGUUGCUGCUGGCUGCAUCUGUGGCCCUGAUGUUUGAUUUGCAUAGUAACAUGCGAACUUGGUGCAAUCAUUUGAUUGGACCUAGUUGCUAAGUGUGGUAAAAGAACCUACAUUCUGGGAACACCAACUACUCUAGGUAAAUUUCCUCUCAAUUUCUUUGUUAUUCUGUUUCUUUUGAAAUUAUGAUUUAUUUUAUAAUUUUUGUUGACAGAUAAAUAAAAUAACUUCUGAAAUCA